UACAACCAGUUUCAUAACAGUCGGACUGCGCAGAUCAGAAACAACAUCCUCUUUUGUCCCCACUUCUCAGCUGUAGUCCUCGGCAAUUUCGGCGUUGGAGAAUUUGUCUAUUUGCCAUGAUUCUACAAGCGAUUUUAGCAGCUAGUUUCACCACUGUAGCCCUUGGAAGCAUUUGUUGUACACCCAAACAAUGGGAGGGUUUUCAAUACGCGGCCGGUGGGUACGUGGGAAGAUUCGGACGCCCCGGGGAGAAAAACGGCCUUUACCGAGUAUCGUAUGACGCCACUAACAAGAAGGUGGCUGUAUCUGGGAACUUUACCAGACGGGACAAGGUCAGACCUUUCAAGACCAUCUACGACUUCAAGGAAGAUAACUCCAUUGAUGGUCGAGGACACCUCAUCCUCCCUGAAGAGGAAACCUGCACAUCCUUCCCACUCAGAAAAGAGUUCCGGGAAGCCUGUAUUCCAGACACGGCAGCCUAUGAACACUCCAGCUAUUACGGGGUCGGUGAGAACAUGCUAAAUGUGAAGGCGUACAAGGUGAAGAGGAAGGGGCCUGGUGCUGAUGUGUCUGCCGUCGUGUUCGUCACCAGUGACGAGUGUGUCCCCGUGGUGGAGAACGUGUGGGGGUCAGUGAGGAGAGUCUCUUUCUUCGGAUCCGUGAACUUCCUUCAACUCACAGCUGGCAUCCAGGACCCGGCCGUCUUCUCGCCCCCGGAGUAUUGUGAAGAGGGGACCGUGGAGAUGCUUGAUGAGCUGCAAGCACAGUAUGGCAUCCUGCAGCAAUAAAACCACAUCUUGAGGCAGCCAGAAGCAUACUUCAGCAAUGCACUUUUUAUGCUUCCUAUUUUUAUACGGCUACAUGUACUAGUUAAAAAACAGUUCAGUUUUGUCACUUCAGCUGUCUUUUUACACGAGCAAUAUGCAUUAGCUCCGGUGGCUUGCCUCUCAAUUAAGCUGACAUGCAGUAAUAUUAAUAAUUUUCUAAUAGAGAAUUUAUUCCUCCUCAAUGACUAACCUCAGCAUUUAACUGGCAAUGAUAUGACGGGAAUUGUGUUCAAAUCGUACUUAAUCCAAUUGCUCCACUCUGACAACGUCUCUGUUCAACAUUUUAAUUCAGAAACGUUACAAAAUACUAAUGACCAAAACUAUUGGUUUAAUCGAAAAUAAAACUGAAACUCAUCAAGACUUAAAGUGGCUGUGUAAAGUACUAAAAGCAUGUUUCAAUAUUUGCAUAUAUAUAUGGGCUCAAGAAUAUUAGCCAUUUGGUUUUAUUUACAGAUAUGUAUGUCAAUAUUUAGUGUUAGGUUAUCAAUAUGUUUCGAGGGUCUGGAAACCUGUAACCUGGGGAAAUGUAUCGCCUCCUUUGUCUGUGUAGUAUGAACCCCCUCAUCAGUCAUCAUCCGGGGUACAGUUGUUCCAUUCUGUUACAUAGAACACUGAAGGAUACAGCCUUUGCUUGCAACACUUUUUGUCGGGGUCCAGCGGUUUUCUUUUGGGAAAACAUUUUAUAAAAGGAUUGUGGGCUCUCACCUUAACUUCAUUGAGUAACAUCUACAGAUUUAUUUUAAAAAAAUUGUUUUUUGAUGGGUUCAGUUGUGUAUAAUUGGAUACUGUAAAAUAAUCAACUCAAAUAUGCUGGAAAUAAUAAAUGUAUUUUUGAAGAA